AGUUCUAAUAGUUCUAAUAAUAGAGUUUUUUGUUUAGAAACAAUUGCAAUAAUGUCCGACAUAAAAAAACGUCUUGUAUUCUCAAUUUUGCAGUUUUUGCAACAAUCAAUUAAGGAUGGAACUAUUAAAGAAGAAGACACGGAAGGUGUCGAAGUAGCAGUACAAUGCAUUGGAGAAGCUUUUGGCGUGAAUGUUGAAGAUCCUGAACAAAAAGCUGCAUACUCUACAAAAGCACCUUUGUUGACAAUUUUUGAAGUUGCAGUUAAAGCUCAAGAGAAGAUAAAGCCUGUAACAAAAUCGGCACCCCCUCAAGCUGUUGUCGCGGAAACUAAGUUAGGACUUACUGAGGAACAAAAACAAAAGGCAGAAGAAUUGAAAUCAGCAGGCAACCGCAAAGUUGCUGAAAAAGAUUACAAAACAGCAAUUCAAUUAUAUGGUGAAGCUAUUGCAAUUAAUGGAGAUAACGCCGUGUAUUAUGCGAAUAGAGCUGCUGCGCACAGUCAAUUAGGUCAACAUGAGAAGGCAAUCGAAGAUGCUAUUAAAUCAUCACAAAUUGAUCCUUCUUAUAGCAAAUCGUACAGCAGACUUGGGCAUGCUUAUUUCUGUAUAGGCAAAUAUAAAGAUGCAGUCGAAGCAUAUGAGAAAGGACUUUCUCUUGAUCCUGACAAUGCCACAAUGAAAUCAGCACUUGCAACCGCUGAACAAAAAGCAAGUGAGAUUAGGGCAGAUCAAGGACCUUCACGAGGAGCUUCACAUGAUGGAGGGACUCGAGGAGGAGGUGGUGGUAGUGGAUUAGGUGGUCUUGGAAAUCUCGCCAGCCUUCUUGGUGGUGGUGGCGGUGGUGGUGGUGGUGGCGGCGGUGGUGGUGGGUUUGAUAUUGCAUCUUUAAUGAGCAAUCCAGCAUUGAUGAAUAUGGCUACCCAAAUGAUGCAAUCUGGAGCGCUCAAUGAUAUUAUGAACAAUCCAAACGUCACUGAAAUGGCGCAAAAUAUGAUGCGAGGAGGAGGAAAUCUUGAAGAGAUGAUGAACAACCCCGAACUAGUGAACUUGGCGCGUCAGUUUUCUGCUAAUCAAGGAGAUGCUGGUGGCGGUAAUUCUGGUAAUAAUGAAGCUAACGGAAGAACACAAUAGAAAUUCAAAUAUAUAUAAAAAUAUAUAUAUUAAUAAUGACAUACAUUCAUUCUCCCUUUCCCAGACUCAAUUAGUAUUUACAUUUACAUUCAAUUCAUUUUAUUUAACUUUUACAUUACAAUACCAUAAAAAGUAUACCAAAGAUUUAAAAAUAAAAAUAUAAAAACGAAACCUUAAUUCCUUUU